UAACAGACGUAAAGUCUGGAUCGGUACACUUCCUUUCCCUGGGUGUCAGGCAGCCUGAGAAAAACUCAGCUGUAGGUCAAACUCGAGAAAGUUUCUUUUAAAUGCUCUCCAUAGAGUUCGUCUUAAAGUAUUUUAGGCUGGAAGGCUGGUGGGCGUAAGAGCCUAGUGAAGACACAGCACCGGGGGAAGUAGCCUACGCUUGAGAAGCAGACAGCUUUUCUGUAAAGAAUCUAAUGAGCCGCGCAAAAAGUUAAACGUCAAGUUGGAUUUGGACCGCAGCAAGGAAACGUGAAGUUUUUAAUGAUGACCGAGAAAGAGUUGAUGAUAGAAGACAUCAUAACAGAUGCAAUGGCCACUCCAUCUCCAGCCAAGAGUAUGGGCGACCCAGGCAUCACGCCACUUUCCCCCACACACAUACUGAAGGACUCGGAAGAGAAUGAGCCUACGAGACACCCCUAUGUGGUGGUGAUGGCCAUCGACUUCGGCACCACCUCCAGUGGCUACGCAUAUGCCUUCACUAAAGAGCCAGAGUGCAUUCACACUAUGAGGCGCUGGGAGGGUGGUGACCCAGGGGUGUCCAAUCAGAAGACGCCCACCACCAUUCUGCUGAGUCCAGACAGGAAGUUCCACAGUUUUGGUUACGCAGCACGAGAUUUUUACCACGACCUGGAUCCCACCGAGUCUAAGCAAUGGCUCUACCUGGAGAAGUUUAAAAUGAAACUACACACCACUGCAAAUCUGUCCAUCGAUACAGAUUUACAUGCUGCCAAUGGGAAAAAGGUGAAAGCUCUGGAUAUUUUUGCUUAUGCUCUGGCCUUUUUUAAGGAGCAGGCUCUUAAGGAGCUGAGUGACCAAGCAGGGGCAGAUUUUGAUAAUGCUGAUGUCAGAUGGGUCAUCACAGUACCGGCCAUCUGGAAAAUGCCGGCUAAGCAGUUUAUGAGAGAGGCAGCAUAUAAGGCUGGUCUGGUUUCUCGUGACAACCCUGAGCAGUUGAUCAUUGCUCUGGAACCAGAGGCUGCGUCUAUUUACUGCAGAAAGCUCCGUCUCCACCAAAUGGUUGAUUUGGGCAACAAAACGGCCCUGAACGGUUACAGCCCAACUGAGAACGUUGGGGUGGGAAUGACCCAGGCCAAGGAGCAUGUGCGCCGUAACCGACAGAGCCGCACCUUUCUGGUGGAGAAUGUCAUAGGAGAGCUCUGGUCUGAACUCACUGAAGGUGACCGUUAUGUGGUGGUGGAUUGUGGAGGAGGCACAGUGGAUCUUACUGUGCAUCAGAUCCGGAUGCCGGAAGGGCAUUUGAAGGAGCUUUACAAAGCCUCAGGAGGCCCAUACGGCUCUAUCGGUAUAGAUUAUGAAUUUGAGAAGCUCCUGUGUAAGAUAUUCGGACAGGAUUUCAUUGAUCAGUUUAAGAUCAAACGUCCAGCUGCCUGGGUGGACCUAAUGAUCGCGUUUGAGUCUCGUAAGAGGGCGGCGGCUCCUGACCGAAGCAAUCCGUUGAAUAUCAACCUGCCUUUCUCUUUCAUCGACUAUUAUAAGAAAUUCAGAGGACACAGUGUAGAGCAUGCACUGAGGAAGAGCAAUGUUGACUUUGUAAAGUGGUCGUCGCAGGGCAUGCUGAGGAUGAGCCCAGAUGCAAUGAAUGCGCUGUUCAAACCAACUAUAGACCAUAUUAUACAGCACCUGACUGAUUUAUUUGAAAAGCCAGAGGUGACAGACAUCAAGUUCCUUUUCCUGGUGGGAGGAUUCGCAGAGUCUCCGCUGCUGCAGCAGGCGGUUCAGAAGAUGCUUCAGGGACGCAGCCGAAUUAUUAUUCCACAUGAUGUGGGCUUGACCAUCCUCAAGGGGGCGGUGCUAUUCGGCUUGGAUCCCAGUGUCAUAAAGGUGCGUCGUUCUCCGCUCACCUACGGCGUGGGCGUCCUGAACCGUUUCGUAGAGGGGAAGCACCCUCCGGAGAAGAUGCUUGUGAAGGACGGUACGCGCUGGUGCACCGACGUCUUCGACACGUUCAUCUCAGCCGAUCAGUCGGUGGCGCUGGGGGAAACGGUAAAGCGCAGCUACACACCGGCAAAGCCGUCACAGCAGGUGAUCGUCAUUCACGUAUACUGCUCAGAAAAAGAGUCGGUCAGUUUCAUCACGGACCCAGGCGUGAGGAAGUGUGGUACGCUGAAGCUGGAUGUGAGCGGUACAGAGAGUCCAGCGGCACGAAGAGAGAUCCAGACGCUCAUGCAGUUCGGAGACACUGAGAUAAGAGCCAUGGCUGUCGACGUGGCAACCUCUCGCAGUGUCAAAGCUAGCAUUGAUUUCCUUAGUCAAUAGAGAAAGAUGAGGGAUGAGUAAACCACGCACUGCAGAAACUCAGCAUUUUAGUUAUGCGUUCCAGUCAAAAUAUCCAAACAUUCUUUAAAAGAAGAUAGAUUUGUUACUUAUAAAAUUGCUUCAUGUGAAAGAAAUAGCAAGGACUCAUUCAAAUGAGCAAAAUGAGCAAAGACAUUUACGGUUAUAAACAAUUCAUGCAAGUAAAUGCAAACAAACUUUCGUCAGAGAAUCUAGAAAAAAAUAUACAUCAUAAAUUCCACAUGAAUAUUACGCACAACUGUUUUCAAAAUGAAGGAAAAGUAAUAAAUGUAUCUUAAGCACCAAAUAGCAGCAAAGUAUUUAUUUAAAAGAUUUCUGAUAAAUCAUGUGACACAAAAGACUGGUGUAAUGGCUACUAAAUUCAGAUUAACACAGGAUUAAACUACAUGGUGUGUAUAUGUCUGUGUAUAUACAUAUCAUGUAUAAUAAACUGAAAACGUUUUUUUUUUAUUGUAAUAAUAUUUCAGAAUUCGUAUUUAACUGUAUUUUUAACGUCAAUGCAGUCUCUUUCUGUUAGCAUAAAAAGAUGUCUUUCAAAAAAAAAAAACUUGUUCAACAGCUGAUACUGAAUUACAUUUAUUUGCAAAUUAUUUAUUUUCUUGUUAAAAACAUCAAUCACUAAAUUCUUACAACAAUAAAGGAAAAAAAAUAAGCUGUAUUCUGCAAAACAGCCUUAAUACUUUGCUUCUGAAGUAAUAAUUUCUAGUUUAAAUGAUGUUUAGCUAUUUUUCCUGGAAACAAAGAUAAAAUGCUGAUUAAAAAUAGUUUUGCAGUGUAGAAGGAUAGAGAAAAGGGAGAGAAAGCUAAAAAUACAGAUUGAACGAGAGAUGAAGGUUUGGAGUCUGAACUAAUAUUCCAUGUUUGCCGACCUUCCAUGUGACAUUUGCUUGAAUAGUUUUCAGUCGAUGCCAUUCAUGUUGUUUUAUUUGGUCAUUUCAUUGUCCAGAUCCACAACUGGGCUCGAAAUGAAACUUUCUCAUAUUUGGCCAAAGUCGACUAUAUUUUGUCUCAUCGACACUCAUCCAGGCUCAGUCCGUUAUUCUCUGUAUGCUUCUAUUAUAGUCUAUUUGUAGUCUUAGUGGCUAUUUUCUGCACAGAGAUGCAAACUCUGCAUGGAUAGAGCCAAAAUACAGCUGCGUAUUGCUAGUAGUGCAGUUUGGAAUAGCACCCUGUAAUAACUUAGCAAGACAAGUUCAGGUUAAGGCAGCUAUGUUAGGCAUUCUGGCAGAAAUAUAAUAUCAUUGUCUUACAAAAACAUACUGCUUUUCUCUUAAACUCUGGUCUAUUACCUCCAAGGCCCAGUCUAGAACCCGUUCAUUCAUUUAGGUUAUGAUGCGGCGGUUAAAGCAGAUGGUUUUAUCUUCUGGAAUGGAGGCCAUUUUCAAACUCGGAAUGUUCUUCAUCUCAAAUGUUUAGAAUGGUACCGAAACCUGAGCUACACAUCACAAAGGUGCUUAUUCCGUGACUAAAUUACCAUCAGUGCUGCAGGACUACGUGGCAAAACACUUUUUUUGUUUGUAUUGUUCUUACGUCUCAUUAAGUUGACUUUUUGUAUGUUCUAGACAGUGACUCCGUUUGGCAGGAGAUUGAGGGUGCCAUUUUGUUUGUUUGCGAAAUUCAUAUUGUUGGUCAGUAUGUUGCUCAAAGCAGAAUGAGAACGCAUAAAUCCUAGAAUGUGAAUCUUAAUCAUCGUUUGAAGUGGCAGUGACAGAGAAGCCGCUAGCUGUACCUGCAACAUGAUUCGAAACGAUAGCCAUCGCUAUAUGCUAGUUGCCUUUUAUCCUGCUCCUUAGAAAGAGAAGCCACUGAUUUUUUUGUUUAAUUUUUAUUAUUGUUCUCUUUUUUUUUUUUUAUUUAGGAGUUUAUUUUGGAGAAUAUGUGACAUAUGAAAAUGUUUAUUUCUGUAUAUACAGUAUUUAAAGAUAUUGUACAGAUUUUUAGCCUUGUUUUAGCAUUAGCGGCUUUAUGAGCAGUGUGUGUAUGCAGGCCUUAAGAGCACACAUUCUUUCUUCCACUCUCACCAGCCUUCACAUGGUUACUAAAUUCAGAUAGUCCAAACCCAAACAUAAACUAAAACUUAUUCCCAUUCCAAAAACCAUAACCUUACCUUCACGCCAAAAUAAUCCCAUUUAAAACCUAAACCUCUAAUUUCCCAUUCCCUCUUUGCAAUUCUCGAAUGCAGUUGUGUGAAAUGCCUUUGUUGCUCUAUUUUUAGAAACUUACAUCAAAGAUCACAAGACUUGAAAACCUUAGACCUUAACAACUUUACUGGCAGUUAUCGUUUGAAUUUGAAAUUUGUGCUAUAUUUUGGUUUAGGAAAUGAUGUGACUGACGUGCAUGUGGUCUGGAGAUGAUACCACAGAUGACAGGCAAUAGUUUUGAGUUUUUGAGAGGUUUGGAAGAUAUUGAGAUAAAUGCGACACUUAAAAAAAAAAUCUGAAAGCAAUAAAGGUAUUGCAGUGCGACGUUUCACGUUUUAUUCCUGCUUAUUCCAUCAUGCUAUCCUGCCAGUGUGAAGUCUGUGUGUCAAAGCUUCAGCUGCAAAAUUGUAAUGCUGCUAUGGAAAUGUAUUAAUCAACAAUUUCAGAUCGUUGAGGUGAAGACGACUGAAUAUUUUUAUUCUUUGAAAGUCAGCAUGCAACUCGACUAUGACUCUUUGAAAAAUGUCAUCUAGUUGCUUUUCCAUAGAUUUGCAUAGCAAUACAAUACGAAAAGCGCCAAAUAGCCUAGUUCUUGCGCAGGACAAUUCAAUUUUGUGAUAAUAGCACAGAUCAUGGAUGGAAAACGUGAUGGAACAAAGGUUUUCCUCUAAAAAUCAUCCCUAGCGUCUGCCAGGGUGACCACAGAUUGUGAAUAUCAUCAAACAAUGUAAUAUCAUAAAAAAAGAAAAAAUAGCAAGAUGCACAAAGGAUAAAACGCUAAAGCUUCUCAAUGUAAUCUAAAUUUGCUGCUCAUGUGAUUGUUAAUUGCAAAUAAUUGCAUAUGCUCUGCACGAUUCGCAUGAGAGACCAACAGAUGAGUUUGUUUUUUCGGGGGGGUAUUGUUCAUUUACCCUGUUUUAAAUCUCUGGAUAAUAAAACCCAAACUACUGCAGAUCACUCUUUCGUUGGCUGUGCAAGGCGGUAGAAGCAGGAAGUGAUGUUAUCACAUGUGAUGUGUGCGUGCACCUGUAGGGCAGAACACACAAAACUUUACAAACGUGCAGAUUUGUGGAGUAAGCACACCUUUUUGCUCUGAGAGUGUUGAUGGGGUGAACGUUCUUCUUGUUUUGCCGUUUAAACUUUUUGCUUUUUGUUCUUGACUUUAUUUGCACCGUACCAGUUCAUCGGCAGCUUUGCUAUUUUUUUUUUUUUAUUGAUAACACAAUGUGUAGCCUCUUUAUAAAAUGUAGUUAUUGCUAUAAUAUGCUUGUAUGAGCACAUAAAGAGCACUAUUCAUUUGAUCUUUUGUUUUUCUGUUUCAUUUUGAUCACAGGUAUUAAGACACUCAUCCCUGUAGAGGGACAUUUGCUAAUAAUUCACUGUGAAUUUGAUUUUUGAAUGGCUUUUCAGCAUUAUUUUAUUUAACUGGUUUUAGCAAGAAGAAAAUGCACCAGUUCAUAGGGUUUGGGGGGAAAAAAACUUAGAGGAAUUUCACUGUUUGCUAGAUUCUGUGCUUUAAAUGCUUAAAAGUCUCCAAGCCAUUCACUUAGAUCCAAGAUGGCUGCUCGGCCCUAGAACUGACGUGGACUUUUACUCACUGUGUAAACUCACAAACUAUAUCUACUGGGUCAUUUUAAGUCCAUGGAUACAUUUUCACUGCUCUUGCCAUAUGCACAUCCAAAAAGAUUUGCAACUGUAUUUCAAUUGAUGCCAAGUACUAACAGCCAAACUGUCACCCAAUAAAAAGUAUGUGUAUUUCAAAAUAAAAA